ACUGAAGCAACCACAGUUUACCUACACACUAAAGUUUACAUCAAAGAAACAGACACACAUGCAUUACUCCACCAAUCAAGUUUCCACCCCAAACAUACUUUUCGGGGUAUUGUCAUGUCACAACUCAUCCGAUUCUACAGAUUAUGUACUCAACAGAGGGAUUUUAAUACAGCUACAGGCACAUUGUUUGAGGCAUUGAGGAGGAGGGGUUACUCAAAGCGGUCAUUGAGAUACAUCAAAGCUGACAUGCUAGCAAGCAUCACCGAAAAUCAAUUGCCUCUUCCUCCUAACGCUAACCUUAACCCACGGGACCCUGCUCCUGAUCCUGACCCUAACCCUAACCCUAACCCUAACCUUAACCCACAGAACCCUGUUCCUGACUCUAACCCUAACCCUAAUCUUAACCCACAGAACCCUGUUCCUGACCCAAACCCUAAUCCUUACCCUAACCCCAAUCCUUACCCCAACCCUAAUCCCAAACCUUACCUUAACCCCCAGGUUGCCUGUAGGGACCACCAGAACACUGGUGUUGAUGCUUACCUUCACCCUCAACACCACCACCACAUACCUCUGGGACAGCCACCCAUACCCUAUCCUCUCCCUUUCCCUAACCAGAGUCCGAAUCCCAAUCCCACCCACCCCAUCCUUUUCUGCUACCCUCAGACUUCCCCUAGAACCCCCACUCCCAUUUCUGCUACAGGGCCUGAACCCCAGAGGGUACCUAUCAUUAGAACUUACUCACAUACAAACAAACGCAUACAUUCUAGACUGAAAUGUGCAUUUUCUAAUACACAACAUACAUUCCCCCCAUUACAACCAUUCUGACCUAUCUCAGCUUAUAGGAGGAACCCAAACCUGAAGGACCUUCUAGAUCAUGCAAAAUUCUCCAACAGGCCCUCUCCCUCUACCCAGGGAACACCAUUACUAUAGACAAC